CUUCCCCCGGUCCCUCGGAGUACUCCGGCUGCAAAGCUUCCGCUGCCCGCCUGCCCUACUGCGGAACGUUGCCGGCGAGAGCCCCCAAGCCCCGAUGGAAGAAGACGAAUUAAAUGAAAGAGGGCUGUUUGUAGCUUCUAUUAUGAGCAGAGUUAGAGACUUGAAAAGCAAAUAUAAAAAUGAAGACACCUUUACAGAUGAGCUUAAUUUUACCAAGGUAUCAGCUGAUACAACAGAUAAUUCUGGAACUGUUAAUCAGAUUAUGAUGACUGCAAAUAAUCCUGAAGAUUGGUUGAGUUUUUUACUUAAACUGGAAAAAAAGUAUGUUCCUGAGACUGACACUGGCUUACUGAAUAGAUUAAUUGGCCGUUACAGUCAAGCAAUUGCAGCAUUGUCUGCAGAACAGUAUAGCCAGAAUGAAAGUUAUGCUUGCAUCCUGGUGAGAUUUGCAGAGCUGAAAGCUAUUCAAGACCCAGAAGAGGCACGUGACCAGUUUCAUCUUGCUCGACUGAACUGCAGGAAACUUGCCUUUGUUCAUGUAGCUUUUGCCCAGUUUGAACUCUCACAAGGAAAUAUUAAGAAGUCUAAACAGCUUCUUGAAAAAGCUGUAGAAUGUUGUGCAGUUCCCGCAGAAAUGUUGGAAAUUGCUCUGAAAAACUUAAGCUUACAAAAAAGGCAGCUACUUUCGGAAGAAGAGAAAGAGAAUUUGGCAAUACCAUGUUCACAAAACAUAACUGGAAGUUUCCAGAACAGGAAAAUUGAAACAAGGGAGAUUAUUGGGAGUGCCUCCAACAUUUGUCUGGGGCAGAGAAAUGAAUCUCCUCAACAGACUGAAUUUAUCCCAAGUGGACGUAAACCCUUGAAGCAAUUAAACCAAUCUAACCAGAAGUGCCCUUUUGGGAGAGUUCCUAUCAGAUUAAAAAGUGACAAUGAAGAUGAUGAUGAUACAGAUGAUUCAGUGAAGAUAGAUGUUCCAUACCUGAUUAAUGUCAUAAAGAGGAAAAUAUCUGGUUCAAAAGACAUGAAUUUAAUCAAUUCACCUCUGCUUGAAUCAAAACCUAAUAGAAGUGAUUCAUAUAAUCCAGAAGGCUUGAAGCCUUUGCCAAGUAGAAAACAUAUAGAAGUACAAUUGUGGGACGAAGAGAGCUCAGAAGUAUCUAAUUCAACCAUAACCUUAAAGAAAAAGUACGAUUCCAGUUAUGACGUUAAAAGAAAAGAAACUGAAGUACAUCAUGAAGAGCCAAGAACCAUAGGAUCAGUCUGUCUGGAAAUGCAACAGCAGCGUUCGCUUUCUUUGGAAAACUGCUCAAAAGAAAAUGAGCCGUCCAUAAUAAAUCCUUCUGGAACUAAAUUGUAUCAUCUUGAAGCAAUACAUAAGAAGAACUCAGAGGAAGAAAACCGAUGUUUUGAACAGCCAGUGCUUCAAGUUUUCAAAAGAUUUUCACCACCAGAGACUACUUCAAAGAGCAACAAUCAGACAUUUGUUGGCAUCACUCCAUGCAACAACACGCUGAACAAUUACAUGGCUUGUUUCAGUACUCCUGUUAUAAAUAAUGAUUUUCUUCCGGGGAGUAAAGUGACCACACCUUACAACCAGUUUUCGUAUCUGCAUCCUUGUACUCCAACAACUCCAUUCCAAGUGCAGAGUGGAUUACAGAUUUCAGCUUCUGCUCCUUCGAAUGAAUGCAUUUUUAUUAAAGGAAAAUGGUAUUCAGUGUUGAAACAAAUUGGCAGUGGAGGUUCAAGUAAGGUAUUCCAGGUACUUGACGAAAAGAAGCACCUUUAUGCCAUCAAAUAUGUGAAUUUGGAAGAGGCAGAUCAACAGACUAUAGAAAGUUAUAAAAAUGAGAUUGUUCAUUUAAAUAAGCUUCAACAACACAGUGAUAAGAUUAUCCGACUUUAUGACUAUGAAAUAAAUGAGAAGAGUAUCUACAUGGUGAUGGAGUGUGGAAAUAUUGAUCUUAAUAGCUGGCUUAAAAAGAAAAAAACAAUUAACCCAUGGGAACGGAAGAGCUACUGGAAAAAUAUGUUGGAAGCUGUCCAUACAAUCCAUCAACAUGGUAUUGUUCAUAGUGAUCUGAAACCAGCAAACUUUCUGCUAGUGGAUGGAAUGCUAAAAUUAAUAGAUUUUGGUAUUGCAAACCAAAUGCAACCAGAUGUGACUAGCAUUGUUAAAGAUUCACAGGUUGGCACAGUUAACUAUAUGUCACCAGAGGCAAUCAAAGAUAUGUCAUCUUGUGCAGAGAAUGGAAAACCAAGAUCAAAGAUCUGCCCCAAAAAUGAUGUCUGGUCAUUGGGAUGCAUUUUAUAUUGUAUGACUUAUGGGAGAACUCCAUUUCAACACAUAAAAAAUCAUAUCACAAAACUUCAUGCUAUAAUUGACCCUAGUUAUGAAAUAGCAUUUCCCGAUAUUGCAGAAAAAGACCUCCAGGAUGUCUUAAAGCGCUGUUUAGUAAGAAAUCCUAAGCAAAGAAUAUCUGUCUCUGAAUUGUUGAUUCAUCCUUAUGUGCAUAUUCAAGCCAAUUCACAAACAAGUGAUACAAAAGGAACCACAGAGGAAAUGAAGCGUAUUCUUGGUCAUCUUAUUGGCCUGAACUCUCCUAACUCUAUUACUAGAGCUGCUAGGACUUUAUAUGAACAAUGCAGCAAUGGCGAAGGUUUGGAUGUAUCUGCUUUUGCAAACUCUGGUAAAUCAUAGAGCGAAAAGUGAUAUGUAAAUUGUAAUGAAAAUAUGCUAAAUGCUAGGCAUUGAUCUUGUUUAAAUUAAUUGAUUUUGUCUCUUAAAAUUGGUGUAAUGUCCGUGGUUCAGAAAAAAUGCUUGUCUGUUACUUGCAAGUCAACUUUGUUGUGAAACAGAACGGGCCAUUGAUCUAAUCUUUGAACUGUAAUAUGUAAUGUAAUGGGUUUUAAAGAUGAAAAAUGUAGAGGGUCUCUUGCUGUAACUCUUAAAAUAGUGGGGGGGAAACAUUGUAACUAGUCCAUUCCAAACUGCAAGCCUCUAGAAUUUGUCAUUUGUUAAUCUGGAUAAUUUAAUAUUUUCCCUAUCCAGUAUAGCUCCAAAGAACUUUGCAGAGGACACUGAUAUGCAUAUGUAUGUAAAUAAAAGCAAGUAAAUUGAUAUAUAACUCUUUUAUGUUGCCCUGGAAAUUUUCAGGUUUUGAUUUAUAAUAUGCUGAUAAAAAAUAACAUUGUAAACAAAAUAAAA